UGGAUCGAGAUUUGAUAACUGAAAUACUGUUGAGAUUGCCGAUGAAGUCUCUUAUGCGUUUCAAGGCUGUGUGCAAGCUUUGGCGCUCUCUGAUAUCCGAUCCCCAUUUUGCAACAUCACAUUUUCAACGUGCUUCUCCUAGACUCCUCUUCGCUAGAUGUGAUGGCAUUCGAACCCUAGACUUUGAGGGUCCGCUUCGCUAUGAUCAUGUUUCUCAACCAAUCAAUUAUCAUUUAGUGUCGUCUACUAUUAUUCAAAUUGCAGGUUCAUGUAGAGGCUUUUUGCUAAUCUACAUGUGGAAUCAAUUAUCAUUUAGUUUCGUGACGUGAUGUGACGACGUCUACUCUUAUUCGAAUUGCAGGUUCAUGUAGAGGCUUUCUGCUAAUCGAAUAUAAUGAUAGUCUUUACCUGUGGAUAUUGGAAUCCAUCCACACAUGUCCACAAACCAAUACCACCUUCAUCUUCUGUUCCUGUUGCUGUUGUUGACACCGACGACCCCGACGGUGUUUAUACUCAUUUAUAUGGAUUUGGUUACCAUUCCUCAAAAGAUGACUACUUGGUGGUUCAAGUGCCUGUUCCAUACAAUUACGCAACUACUUAUUUACCAUAUGUGGAAAUAUAUUGAGGGUGUUGAUUUGCCUCCCUUGACCUCUAUUGGUUGUAGUCACGGGUUGCUCUUCAACGAGGCCAUUCACUGGGUGGCUCAAAACUGGGUGGAUGGUAAAACCACGGACUUUAUUAUUGCCUUUGAUUUAAUGGAAAAGAGACUUUUAAAGAUACCCCAGCCUCAUGAUUUUCAUGAUGUGCCUAAUUUGUGGGUUUAUGGAAGAUAUUUUAGUCUAUCAGUUCAGCGGAGAGAUUUUACAUGUGAAAUAUGGGUUAUGAAGAAAUACAAAGUACAAACAUCUUGGACCAAGACUCUUGUUCUAUCUUUCAACCACUACUUUCACUUCCCAGAAUGCUCUACAAAAGGUGGUGAUAUUGUUAUGUCAACUGGACAUAAACUGACAAAGUAUAGUGAAGAAGGAGUAGUACAAGGAGAACAACUAGAGCCUCAGAACCAUUCUAGUUAUUGUGGUUUUCUCAAUCCAUCAGCGUCCCUGUAUACAGAGUCAAUGCUUUCACUCCCUGAUGUUAGUGACUGAAAUUUCCACAAGAGCUUCGCUUUGUAAUUAGAUGGCAGACAACAUACUUUUGGUUACUGGGAAUCUAAGGAACCCUCAUUGCUCCUCCAAAGAUAAAUACAUGGAUUCAUUAUUAAACCUUCAUUGCUUCACUGCUUUCUCCACAAGUUCUUUCCGAUGCUAGGAACCUAAUGUGGACACUUUGUGCAAGUGACAGGAUGAUUUCUUGAUUCAUUAGCCUAUUAGAGAUAGUUUCUUGUUUUAAUGAUGAUAGAUUCAAAAGCACAAUUGCUACUGGAUAAAUUUCAUGAUCUCUAUAGAUGAUCAAAAUAAAUUGUCAUAUUUUCACAAUUUGUUAAAAUACUUUUUUUACAGGGGAUCGAACUAAAAUGUCAUA